CUGGAAUUAAGAAUUAAACAGACAAACACCGUUGAUGUUCGAUGUGUUUGAUUACACUGAUUUGAUCGUCCGCCAUUUUAGUUUAAUUAUUAGAGGAGUGAUAGAGAUUUUGGGGCGAAUUUACGCUUAAAUUGGUGUAUAUUUUGAGUGCUUGGGUGAUUGAGGCUUGAAAGAUGUCGAUUGAAUAUUUGCAAGUGGCUGAAGAUGAAGGUGAAGAACCAAUUGAACUUCCAACGGAAGACGAUGGAACUCUUUUACUCAGCACUCUCUCUGCCCAGUUUCCUGGUUCUUCUGGCUUGAAAUACAAAAAUCCAGAAACGAAAACUUUUAGGGGCGUUCGACUGUCCGAAGGGAGACUUCAUCCACCACCUGACGGCGGAUGGGGUUCUCAAGUUUUUUACUGCGUAUUUCCUAAAGAGAAUAAACGAAAGAGUGAUGACAAUCUGGAGAAUUCAACUGCAAAAACGAAACGUAUGGAAACUAAGUUACGUUGUACUGAUUUGAUUGUGCUUGGUUUGCCUUGGAAGACGACUGAGCAAAAUUUGAGAGAGUAUUUUGAAACGUUUGGUGAGGUGCUGAUGGCGCAAGUGAAGAAAGAUCCCAAAACAGGACAGUCCAAAGGAUUUGGAUUUAUCAGGUUUGCAUCGUAUGAAUCUCAGAUGAGAGUUUUAGCACAGAGGCAUAUGAUUGAUGGAAGGUGGUGUGAUGUGAAAGUACCCAAUUCGAAAGAAGGUUUGAUACAGCAAGUUCCUUGCAAAGUUUUUAUCGGAAGGUGUACCGAAGAUUUGACGUCUGACGAUUUGCGAGAUUAUUUCGGCAAGUUCGGCGAAGUCACUGACGUGUUCAUUCCCAAACCGUUCAGGGCUUUCAGUUUCGUGACGUUUUUGGAUCCCGAAGUGGCGCAAUCGUUGUGCGGAGAGGAUCACAUCAUAAAAGGAGUUUCUGUGCACGUUUCGAAUGCUGCUCCCAAAUCUGACACGAGAGGCGGCGGCUAUAGAGGCGACAGAGGGGGUAACGGUCCUCCGAGUCGCGGCGGGGGUAGCGGCCCUGGUGGACCUGACGGUUCCGGCAUGUACAAUCAGAGAUACAAUGGGGCCGGACCGAAUCAAGGCAGUUGGGGCAACCAAGGUGGUCCGCGCGGCAACAUCGACAUGCCGAAUUUGCAAGCAUUGGGCAUCACAGGCCAAGGGCAGCAGGGUAAUAACCAAGGUAACUGCAAUCCUUUGGGGAUGGGCUUAAACGCUCUGGGUGCCCUCCCUAUGAAUCCGGCACUGGUAGCGGCUGCUCUGAAUCAAGCUGGAUGGGGUCUUAUUGGUAACCUACAAAAUCAACCUGAACCGAAUUUCAACCAAGGGUUUAACAAUGGACCCAACCCGCCCAAUCAAAACAAUCAAAAUAAUGGCGGCCGUGGCGGUAACAACCCUGGUUUUUUAAGCUGGAUGAACCAAGGUGGUGGAAACCAAAAUAAUCCAGAUGGAGGCCAAUGGAACAGACCUCCUCAGCAGAAUCAAGAUGCGAAGGGAUUUUUGAAAUAUGACUAAUUCUAGAGCUUUAAGGAAUCACUCUUAUAUAGAUCAACCGAUAGAAAACAUAAUUUUAUGUUGAAAUUUUCAUUAAAUCGUUUCUAUUUUUUAAGAAGAACCUGACAAAACCUCCGAAACUCGCAAUAUGUUGUUAGCGUAUUUUUUAUACAGAUCAAGUCGGGUAAAUGUUCGGAGUGAAAGUUUGUUUUUUGGGGUUUUGUCGACUCACUUUUGUUGUUAAGUGUGCGUUUUAUUAUAAACAUUUAAGCAUGGACAUUGGAUUGUGUGUAUUUAUAUAUAAUUUUUUUUGAAUGUAAGAAAUGGAGAGUUAGGUUUUGUACAAUAACAUUUUCUUUUUGAAGAAAUUGUAGACUCUAUGCCUUAUCAAUAUAUGAAUUAAACGAGA